UGAUCGACGAGUUCUUAGGGUUCCGAUCUCCGGUUCCGCUCGUGUGUCUUAGUGGUUCGAUUCCUUCACUUUCUAUGCGUGUUCUCAUGGAUUUCUGGUUUGAAAUGCAUCGGUGAUUGCUUCUGUCCUGUCCGGUGUGAAGGUUUGUAAUUGUUCUUUAAUCAUGGAGAGGAAGAAUGGUUCAGUUGCUUUGAGCCUGACUGAUAGUAGUGGCUGCGAUGAGGAUACUGAUAUUGAGAGUGAAGAACCUAUGGAAGAACCAAAUGAAGAGGGGUUUGAUGAAAAUGAACAAAAUGAGGAAGAAUUUUGUCAAGUUUUUAGUGAAGACGAUCCAAUUGAAGAGGAAGUAUAUGAAGAGGAACCAAUUGAAGAGGAACUAUAUGAGGAAGAACUAAUCAAAGAGGAAGUAUGUGAAGAGGAACCAAUUGAAGAGGAAAUUUCUGAAGUGGAACCAAUUGAAGAGGAAAUUUCUGAAGAUGAAUCAAAUGAAAAAGAGAGCUAUGAAGAGGAUCCUAAUGAAGAAGGAAAUCAUAAAGGGGAACCUGCUGAAGAAGCAAUCUAUGAAGAAGAAUUUAUUGAGGAAGAAAUAUGUGAAGAAGAAAAUGAGGAAGACCUUUCAGAAACAUCUGCAUCUCAAUCAUUGCUUGAAGGUGACAAAGAUGAAGACCAGCAUUCAAACUUCAUGCCAGUUUAUUUAGAGGAGCAGAUAAGUUCUGCUGAUGCAUUGAAAGAACAUUUACCGAAAAGUCCUGUCGAGGAGAAUAAUUCAGGGGACAAGAGAAGGUCAGCUGAUGCACUGGGAGAUCAUUCACAGAAGAAGCAGAAGAUGGAAAUUAAUUCUGCUCUUACUGAUGUUGAGUACGAGUCUAAGGCCACUGAUGAAAUUGCCGUGAAGGAAAAUGAAAAUUCAGGGAGUUCAGGUAAGAGAAGGCGUAGUAGAUGGGAUGCAGGCCCGGGAGCUGAUGAUGAAGCAGGUGAUGUGGCAAAGAAAAAAAGGAAGACUAGAUGGGAAAAUGAUGCUGCCGUUCUUAAGAUGUUGGGUCCUUUGAAACUUCCUGAUUUUGUGAAGGGUUUUGUCGCUGAUGCUGAUAGUGAUCCAGAAAUUAAGAAGUUGAAUUCUGAACUUCUUGAGAUCAGCAUGAAAUUACAUGCACGGGAGCUUAUUGAUGACCGACCAGUGGCUGAAAGAUCUCCAUCUCCACCACCAAUUUACAAUGAGUUAGGCAUUCAGUUAAAUACAAGGAAUGCCCGAUAUCGUUUGAAACUCAUUGAGCUUAAACAGAAGAUCAUUUCUGAUUUGGUUAAAAGAUAUCCUACUUUUAAACCACCUUCAGAUUAUAGGCCACCAAAGUUGUAUAAGAAGCUGUACAUUCCUGUAAAAGAGUACCCAGAAUAUAAUUUUGUCGGUCUUAUUAUUGGUCCCCGUGGGAACACUCAAAAGAGAAUGGAGAAGAAAACUGGAGCUAAGAUCUUUAUACGAGGUAAAGGUUCUGCAAAAGAUGGAAGACUGAGAAAGGAGGGAAAUCCUGAUCCAUGGGGAGAAUAUGAGGAUUUGCAUGUCUGUGUAGAGGCAGAGACACAGGAUUCCUUGGAUGCAGCUGUAAAGAUGGUUGAGAACCUCCUUGUCCCUGUUGAAGAUGAAGCCAAUGAGCACAAGCGUUCUCAGCUAUUGGAGCUAGCUAAGCUGAGACAGAAAGCAGUCCAUGCAAAGAGUGGCCAGGCCAAUUCCUUGUGUGAUAUUUGUGGUGACUCUCAUUUGACCUCUGCUUGCCCACUGAUAGCAUCGAACGAAACUAGUAAAAAUUGUGAGCAGGCUAACUCUCUCGCAGAGAUUGGAGAUGAAGGCGUGUCUCCAUUCAGCAGUCCAUCUGCUCCUACUCCAAAGAUGCCCUGGCGAGUCAGUACAGCAUCAGUUUCUUUAUUGGAGGAAAAUGGCAAGAAUAAUAAAGUGAUUGAUCAGGCUAAUAUCUAUGUUGCUUCUCUUCCUCACACUGUGGAUGAUAAUAGGCUGAUAGAAUUGUUUUCGUCAUUUGGGCCUAUCGGCACAGCACGUGUGAUCAAGGACAAACAAACAGGCUUGAGCAAAGGAUAUGGGUUUGUUAAGUAUAUUGAUAUUGCAUCCGCUUCAAAUGCUAUUGCACAGAUGAAUGGCUGCAAGCUCGAAGGGAAGACACUGUCUGUUCGCGUUGCAGGCUGCCCACCCCCUAUUCUUACCGGCAGCUUGCACAUGGUUCUGAGUAGAGGUCCAAGAUUUAAUUAUCUGCCUACCUACCCAGGUCCUCCAGCAGUUGUUCACUUGAACCCUAACCAAAAGCUUUGGCCUGGCCCACCUGGAUCUGUGCUGCCAGAAGCUUAUCCCGCCACCGUUUCUUUGUCGCACAUCAAUCCUUUUGGUACACAACCUCCCCCAUCUUUUGGUUACACAACAAAAGUCUUGCCUACUUUUUUUUCCAGUGGCAUUGCAUCACCUGAUGAACUAGCUCAGUUUCCAGGCUAUCAAAAGAGCUUUGAUUUUCCAGAUCCCUUUUUCGAGCCAGCGCCUUCUAGCAGCUUGUCUUCUUCAUAGACUUGCUGUAUCCAUCACAGCCUCAUGAACAAACAAUGAACACCUCCUUCCAGAUGCCAACCAUUUUAAUUGCAGAAAUCAGCUGAUGAAGCAUAUAGUGAAGAAGAAACUGGACCUUCGACAACUUGUGUGGCAAGUGAAAUCAUCAAUGAAGAGAUUGAAGCUUUGGAUUCGCAUAGAUGAAGAAAGCUACCAAGUGGGGUUAUUGUUAUAUCCAUUGAAAUAGGUUUCUUGGUUCUUCUGAUAUUUUGCCAAUGCACUGCAGUGCAAGUGGGCAGUUUAGAUCUUAUGCUGUACUCUGAAUUCUAAUAUUGUGCGAAACUGAAAACCUGGAUCCACAUAUACUAGUUUUUGGCUACAUGCUCAA